AUGGUGUAUUAUUUUGUUUCGAAUGUGGUAUCUCCCUCUGCCACCAUCUAUGUCGGCAAAGACAAGUUCGAGAACGAGGAGUUGAUAAAAUAUGGACUAGAAUCCGAUGUUUGUGCCCACGUGUACCUACGUCUUAGGGAUGGCGAAUCUUGGGACAGCAUUCCCAAUGACCUUUUAGAAGACUGUGCGCAGUUGACGAAGGCCAAUUCUAUCGAAGGAAACAAAAAAGAUAAUAUCACCGUCAUAUACACACCAUGGGCCAACCUGAUGAAGAACGCGUCCAUGGCGGCCGGACAGGUGUCUUUCCAUAACCCUAAAAUGGUGAAAAAGGUCUUCGUCGCAGCCCGUCAAAAUCCAAUCGUCAAUCGACUCAAUAAGACGCGGUCGGAGAAAUUCCCUGAUUUGCAAGCCGAGGCUGAAGAGAUCAUGAAAAAGAAGAGGAGAGAGGAAAGAAAGGCUAGAGAAGAUAAGAAGACAUUUGAGAAGAAGGAAAGGCAAGAGCGUGAGCAGCUGAAGUGGCAGAAGGAACAUGCUUAUGACGACAUGUUCAGCGAAGAGAAUCUACUGCAGAGCAACAACCAAGAUCGCGACGCGGAUUUUCUUGAUGAUUUUAUGUGA